AUGGAGCCAUCGUCUUCCUCUCGCCGCAGCAGACCUCACGGUUCCGGCUCUCCCUCUCCCACGGCCACGAUACGACGUCUGUGUCUCCUUCUGCUCUUUGUUCUUCAGACCUGCGGCCGCCCGGCCCCGGCGGUAUCAUCAGCAGCAGCCUCGCCGUCGCCGUACCUGGUGGGCGUAGGGAGCUACGACAUAACGGGGCCUGCGGCGGACGUCAACAUGAUGGGGUACGCGAAUGCCGAGCAGAUCGCGUCAGGAAUCCACUUCAGGCUCAAGGCGCGCGCGUUUAUCGUCGCUGAGCCUGACCCUGGUGGGAAGCGUGUCGUGUUCGUCAAUCUUGAUGCCUGCAUGGCGUCGCAGCUCGUCACUAUCAAGGUGCUCGAAAGGCUGAAAGCAAGGUACGGUGACCUUUAUAAUGAGAAGAAUGUGGGUAUCAGCGGAAUCCACACCCAUGCUGGGCCAGGAGGUUAUCUGCAGUACGUGGUUUAUAUUGUCACAUCUCUCGGGUUUGUUCGCCAAUCAUUUGAUGUGAUCGUCAACGGCAUUGAGCAGAGUAUUGUUGAAGCUCACAGUAAUCUCCGUCCUGGUAAAAUAUUUGUAAACAAAGGUGAACUCCUUGAUGCUGGUGUGAACCGCAGCCCAAGCGCAUACCUGAACAACCCUGCUGAUGAGAGAAGCAAAUAUCAGUACAAUGUCGACAAAGAAAUGACACUUGUUAAGUUUGUAGAUGGUGAAAUUGGUCCAAUUGGGAGUUUCAAUUGGUUUCCAACCCAUGGGACAUCAAUGAGCCGUACAAAUUCUUUGAUUAGUGGCGAUAACAAAGGUGCAGCUGCACGGUUCAUGGAAGAUUGGGCACAACAGAAUGUUGUUCCGAAGCAGGCGGUUCAUGUGAGUUCUGGGCAUCCGCGAAGAGUCUCCGCACUAAUUCCUGAACCAAAUGAGAUAACUGAUGACGACUUAAUACGAUUGGCAUCAUCCUACAAGUCAAACUGUGGAGAUGUUAGUCCAAAUGUCUUGGGAGCAUUUUGUACAGACACCAACCGUCCUUGUGACUUCAAUCACAGUACAUGUAAUGGGAAGAAUGAAUUAUGCUACGGACGAGGCCCAGGAUAUCCUGAUGAAUUUGAAAGUACUCGUAUCAUUGGCAAUAGGCAAUUCCUCAAGGCUGUUGAUCUUUUCAAUUCAGCUUCUGAAGAAAUACAGGGCAAAGUUGAUUACAGGCAUACCUACCUAGAUUUCUCGCAACUCGAAGUGAAUGUUUCUGCAAGCACAGGAGGUCAGCAGAUGGUGAAAACAUGCCCAGCGGCCAUGGGGUUUGCCUUUGCUGCUGGAACCACAGAUGGCCCUGGAGCUUUUGAUUUUAAACAAGGAGAUGUCAAGGGAAACCCGUUCUGGAGGUUAGUACGAAAUGUACUUAGGCCACCGGGCCCAGAGCAAGUGAAAUGUCAGGCUCAGAAACCAAUACUGCUAGAUACCGGUGAAAUGAAGGUUCCAUAUGAUUGGGCACCUGCGAUACUUCCAAUUCAGAUCAUAAGAAUCGGUCAGCUGGUUAUCUUGUGUGUCCCUGGAGAGUUCACAACAAUGGCUGGGAGGCGGCUACGUGAUGCUGUCAAAAAUGUGCUAACAAACAGUGGUCAGUUUGAUAACAAUGUUCAUGUUGUUCUCACAGGGCUAACAAACACAUACUCUCAAUAUGUCACAACUUUUGAAGAAUAUCAGAUUCAAAGAUACGAGGGAGCAUCAACGUUGUAUGGUCCUCACACCUUGAGCGCCUACAUUCAAGAAUUCCAAAAACUUGCUACAGCCAUGGUUACAAACAAAGAGGUUCCAACAAAUCUGCAGCCUCCUGAUCUACUAAACCGGCAAAUUGGCCUGCUCCCAGGUGUCAUAGUUGACGAGACACCUCGUGGCGUCACGUUUGGAGAUGCCAGGUCGGAUGUCCCUGCGAACUCAACCUUCAGGAAGGGCAGCGUUGUGAAUGCUACAUUCUACUCGGCCUGCCCAGGGAAUGACCUCCUCACCGACGGUACCUUUGCGCUCGUUGAGAAGCUGGAUGGCGGCAGCGAUUGGGUUCCUGUCUAUGAUGACGACGAUUGGUCGCUGCGCUUCAAGUGGUCAAGGCCUUUCCCGGUGAGCCCAAUGAGUUUUGCAACGCUAGAGUGGACAGUUCCUGAAGAUGCCCCAUCCGGUGUUUACAGAUUGAGACAUUUUGGUGCCUCUAAGCCGCUGAUUGGGUCCAUCAACUAUUUUACAGGGACCUCUAGUGCAUUUGUAGUACGUUAA